CUCGCAGAAAGUAAAUUUUGUCGUUCGUAACUGGCAGUGUAGUUCGGUUGAGCGCUCCGACCGGCCGCCAUGGCGCGUUAAGCGAGAGUGUUUUAGACAAAAAACUUAACUGGUUGACUUAACUUGACUGUGACAAUACCGUCAACAUGUGUCUGGUUCGAAGAUGUGCCUUUGUCCUCACGCUGCUGGCGUCUGCGCUUGCGCAGAAUACAGAGAGCAGUGGCGAUUUUACACCCGUUGUCAGUGCAACCUGCAAGAAUGGUGCUAUGUCGAUCAGGAUUAACUUCAGUCAACCGUUCAAUGGAGUUGCACAUGCGAGAGAGUUCAGGACUCUGGCAUGCAUGGCCACAGGAAAUGGAUCUGAAAGUCUAACUUUCGACAUCAACCUAACAGCUGCCCAGGGAUCCCCAGAUUACUGUGGAGUGUUCUGGAAUAAUCGAACUGAUGAACGCUCGCUGCCUUUGGCCGUCCGAGUCCACAGGACGUUGGAGUUGGCUGACGACAAGUUUUACGUGAUCACGUGUGGGAAGGCCGGCUUCAGAAACGCAAGGUCCAACGAGACGUCGCUUGUGUCUUUGCGGAUGCUGAACUCAGAUGGACGUAAAGUUUUGAAUGCUGCCUUCGGCUUACCUUACACACUGCGCGCGGAAAUAAGCAGAUCCGAUGGAGCUCACGGCAUCCGUCUCAGGAAUUGCUUUGCAUUCAAUAUGCGAAACAACACAGUGGACCUCCUGGAUAAAAGAGGAUGUCCCGUUAAAGAGCAGUCGCUGGCUGUGAAAAUGGAAAACGGUGCUGCUGAGCUCGCGAUAGCUUCCAUGUUUAGAUUUCCGGAUUCCUCACAAGUUAAUUUUCAAUGCGAGAUCGGCAUUUGUAAAGGCAGUUGCACACCAUCCGACUGCACGACAGAAGGCCGCACCGAGCCAGCAGACGAGGAAGGUGCCGUCACCGCCUCAACAGGAAUAUUUGUAUUAGAUCCAAACGACAGUGCCGUGGCAGCUAUGGCGUGUACUGAGAGCGGCGUACGUCCUCUCUGGCUGUUGUAUCUGGCGAUCGCGUUGGGGGUCAUGUUCCUCGUGAUGUUACUCAUUAACUGCUUCCUUUGCACUGCCAUGACAUGUUCCUGCGCUAGAACUGAUGUUAUAGAAAAGGAUCCUUCAGUGGUCGAGGACUAUGACCCUUAUCGCAGCUGGCACGGGAGCCAAUACGGAAGCCGGUACCCCUCAUCCACUAUACACUCCGCGAGGUCAGUAUCAGACAACAGCGACCACUACGCCAUAGUUCAGUCGAGGCCGGGGAGUCGACACUCCGGUAUGCACCGAAAUAGACACUAAUACGCACUAAUAAGUUCUAAUUAUGGCGCUUACACGAAGAACUAGAAUUUGGAAGUGAUAUUUAGUCAUUUAUGAACGAAAGUUUUUUAACAGCACUACUGAAAUAUUUUUAUAUUUUUACAAGUGUACGAACUCGAAUAUUUAACGUUAACUGAAGAUUACUUUGUCAUGAUAUUCAAUUAUAUAAUAAUAUUUUUAAACAUAUUUUAAAUACACUCGUGCCAUUUUCAUAUGACUAUGAAAUAUUGUAAACGUAUUUACAUUUUUACCUGAAUUAUGCAACGAAUCCAUCCGUUAGUUUUAAGAUAUGUAUAUAACUAUUUAGCUUGUAAUUUAGUUAAGUAUUAACUAAGAGCACAAUCAGUGCAUUUAAACAUAACCACAUCAAUACUGUGAAAUAGUUAAUUUUUAAACAACAGUAUUAACUUCUCGCUAAUUGUUAACCACUUUUUUUAAUAUUAAGUACUUUAUUUUGAUUUAGAUCAUUGAAUUAGUUUAAGAGUUUAACAAUAUACAUAAAUUGACAAUGGUUAGAAUCUGCUAUAAUUUUUUUUCUUCUUAGUAUAAAAUACGGUGCCUUUGUUCUUAUGUAUAUUUAUAUAAUUUUGAAGAUUUUUUUAUCUUGAUUUAGCUUACGUUUCAAUAUUUUUUUCUAUCUUUCUUAUACAUUAUACCUCUGGGUGCUACAUAUAAUAUGUUUUUAUUCUCUUUAUUAUCUUCUGUAUAAAAUAAGUUUAUAUUGAUAUUUUAUCUAUGGAAAAAUACUUUUGGCCUAAAAUACUUAUUCUGUGAAAUGUAACAAACUUAUUUAGGAGUGUAGCUAUGUUAAAGAAAUGAGUGAUAUGAAUGUAAAAUGAAUAAAAUAUAACAAAUA